AUGAGUAACAACAUUUACUUUUUAACAGAAGAUGGUGUGGAAGCUAUGGAAUACAUUAUAGACGAUGGUAAUGAAUUCAAUUUGGAGGAUUUAACAAACUUAAGCAAGUAUAAAGAGUCAAAUCUGACUCCAAUUGAGCUUGAUCCUGAGGACAAAAACUUGAAGAAUAACAUAUUAGUUAUUAAUGAGAGAGUAGAAAAGGCAAAAGCUGCUAAAUUGCGUGCGAAGAGUAGCUACGCCGCCUAUACAGUCGACCAGAAAACAUUGUUCCUCAUACGUUUUAUUUACGAAAAUGGAAAAGGUGAAUUUGUGGAUGAAAGCAUAAAGGAGCACUUCGAGACAGAUAUUGAUAUUGAAGCACACCCCCAUCGAUUACAGUACUAA